GUUGUCACGUGACACUAAUGAUAUUCAUGUACUGUGGAAAAGACACAAAGGGCGUGUUGUGUUUGCACUACCUCUGACCGGCUCACUUUGCACUCAAGCAACUCUCUAAAGUACAUUAGUCAGACAGAGAUAUAAGUUGUACUGCUGUACCGCUGUAGUGGCUGUUAAGUGUUGCCAUGGCUACUAAUGGGGUUGUGCAGCAUGAAGAAAAUAUAUCAAAUCUUAAAGAGGUGUUUUCACAACUAAACUCGGUGCUUGAAGAACUAAGAGUAGAAGAGUUCACUUGGGAUGAAGACAUCAAUUUCCUCCAAACCUUUGUUCGUGAUCCCCAAGUGAAAGCUCUGGCUGAGUUGAAUGACCAUGUAGCGGAGUCUCAGAGCUUUGAGCAACCUCUAGGAGCAGUCAGUCCUCUCUGUUAUGAGCUCCAGGCCAGUGCACCCCACAAAUAUGCCGAAGAAAGAGAUCUAGUCGCCAUUCUUCAGAAGCCACAUAUAAAGUCUAUUCUGCUGGUCCACGACACAGUGCGUUCCAGGAACUAUGAGACUCCCCUUCCAGCGUACGACCCUAACUUCCACCCCCAGACACAGUUAGGGAGACACCGUCACCAUGGUCGCGGACCAGAGUUCCGUGUCGUUGGGUUGCAUAAGGACACCACAGAGGCACUGGGUAUUACUAUGAAGCUGGUGAACAACAAGCUGAUCAUUGCUAGGAUACUGUACGGGGGUCUGAUCCAUAGACAGGGAUUGCUACAAGUUGGAGACAGGAUUGUGGAGGUCAACCAGGAGUUAGUCGACUCAAUGAAUCCCUCUGACCUGCAGGCACUACUGAAAAACAGCUCUGGGUCGCUAGUUAUCAAGGUGGAGCCAGGCUACCAUGAGCCUGCAGGUCUCACUGAGCUCUUUGUUAGAGCUCAUUUUGACUACAACCCCAGACAAGACAGACUGAUUCCAUCACAAGACGCAGGGAUGACUUUCCGCAAAGGAGACAUUCUCAAGAUCCUUAACCAGGAGGAUAGCUUCUGGUGGCAGGCUAUGCAACACUCGGACCGUUCAGUUGCUGGACUCGUACCCAGUCAGAUAUUGGAGGAGAGACGUAAGGCUUUCAAGAGUCUCGACGGUAGAGCUCAAGUGGGUUGUAUAGGGGGGAAAAAGCCAAAGAAGAAGGUCAUGUACUCGUCCCAUCACUCUGGAGAGUUUGAGUCCUACAAUCUAGUGCUUUAUGAACCUGUUGUCCAGGUUGAGAAUUUCCAGUACAGAACACUCGUGUUAAUCGGUGCUCCCAACAUUGGUCGGCGUAGCUUGAAGACCAGACUUCUUACAGAACAUGGAACAAGAUUUUCUGAAGUCAAAGCUCACACAACCCGCCCUCCUAAGUCUACUGAGGAUCGAAACAACUUUAACUUUGUUUCUGAGGAACAUAUGCGGAGAGAGAUUAUGGCCCAUAAAUUCAUUGAGUUCGGAAAGUACCAACAACACUUAUAUGGUAUUAAAUCAGAGAGCGUUGUUGACAUUAUCAACACAGGAAAAAUGUGCAUCCUUGAUGUCCAUCCUCAGGCGUUGAAGCUGCUUCGUACUCCUCAGUUCCGUCCAUUGGUGGUGUUUGUGAAGGCAGCUAAUGCCGAGGGCGUGAAAAAACUCCAUUCCUCUGCCAGAGUGGACAACCCUGCAGGGCACUCCCUCCUCUCUGAAGAAGAUUAUGACCGGUGUGCCCAAGAAUCUAUCAAGAUUGAGGGUCUUUACGGCCACUAUUUUGACGCUACCAUUGUCAAUGAGAAUAUUGACAUAGCUUAUGAAGAACUACUGGCAACUAUUCGAGUGUUCUCAACAGGCAAACACUGGGUGCCAGCCAACUGGGUCAUGUGAGAUAUCAUGUGGACACUUCUUAGUGUAAUGGUGUAAUUAUGCCUGUGUCAAUUUUUAAGCACACUAAAUUAACAUUCUAACCUUGUAUACAAUGACAAUCUAUAGAUCUGUAGUAAAUUAAUGCUGUAUUGAUCGAACAUACUAUAAUUACUUUCAUUUUUUUAAGGAUUUUUGUGUUUUUUGUUUAAGAUAAUUCUAUCUCAUGAUCUAGUUUUUUGUACCAA